AUGCGUCAAAAGAGAGCUAAAUCAUACCGCAAGCAAAUGCUUGUCUACCAUCACAAUUUCAAAUUCAGAGAGCCGUACCAAGUCUUGGUGGACGAUCAAAUUGUCUGCGAUACUCACAAGGCAUCCUUCGAUCUUGUGAAAGGUCUGCAGCGGACGCUUCAGGCGGAAGUAAAACCUAUGAUCACGCAGUGCUGCAUCCAAGCUAUCUACGAUACAAAAAACCAGGAAGUUAUUGAUCUAGCAAAAACAUUUGAAAGAAGGCGUUGCAAUCAUCCGCCCAAGGAAGCGAAGUCCCCGCUGGAGUGCCUGACUAGUGUGGUUUGUAUUGAUGGAGUCAACAAGCAUAGAUAUGUCGUGGCCAGUCAAGACCCAAAGAUUCGAAGUACUCUUAGAAAAGUCCCAGGGGUGCCCAUGAUUUUCAUGAACAGAUCUGUCAUGGUGAUGGAACCUCUCAGCCGAACCAGCGAAAAGUUGAGCAGUGAUCAAGAGAGGCGGAAGUUAUACAAGGGCCUUAACGACCCGCUCGCAAGCGGGACGCCUGGAGCUGCACCCCAAGAGAAGCAGCCCCCAAACAAGAAACGCAAGGGCCCCAAAGGGGCCAAUCCUCUCAGUGUGAAAAAGAGAAAAGCUCCGCCACUCUCUCACCCUACAGUGGCUCAGAGUAGCUCUCCAGCAAACUCCAGCCAAGAAAAGUCAGACGUACCAUCAUCCCGUCGAAAGCGAUCUCACAAGUCAAGUCAUAAAUCAAAAGUCGAAGACAGCAGUAACAUACCUUCUGGUCCUGUAAGUGACUGA